AUGCCGCUGACGACGAUGGUGGUGGCUGGCUUCGUCCUGGGCUUGCUGAUCGCGUUGCUGUGGGUGUACUUGAGUAGGGGAGAGAAGGGGAAGAAAGGGAAGAAAGACGUGGAGGUGGAGGAGGCGAGGAGCAUGCUCGAGGAGAUAUCUCAGAGAGAGAAGGAGAAGCGCAUGCAACUGGAGAAGGAGCUCGAGGCGCUUCGAGAGCUGAAGCGACGGAAAGCUGAAGAGAUUGAGAACCUGAGCCGAGUGCGAGAGGAGGAGGAGAUGAAGGUGAGGGAGAGGCAGGAGGAGGCGAAGUUGAUCGCGGAUCGGAAGAGAGAUGAGGAAAGGGAGAAGGUAGAGAGGGAGAAGCAGGAGAUCAGGAAGGCCUUCGAGAAAGGUGUGCUCUGCAUCUUCAAAGACAUCAAAGGAGAGCAUCCCGACGUGACCCUCAGGGUCCCCAUGGUCGACUCCGUUGGGAAUGCGACCACAGUCGAGCACAUGAAGAGCAGGAUCAAGGCUGUGUGGGAGGGGAGUCCGUCGGAGGAGAGGCAGAGGAUCGUCCUCCAUGGAAGACUGCUGGACAGCUCGGUCAAGCUCAGGGAGUUGUAUCAGCAGCAGGAGAGGAGGGAUCAACCGCUGGCGUUCCACGUCAUUGUUGCUCUCGCAGAGCCCAAGAGGACGGGGAGGGAGACGGAGAAGGUGGCGAGGGAGGAGGGGGAGGAGAGACGGGACUCGACCAAGGAGACGAUGAAGAAACAAGUUGUCCCGGCCACGGAUGCGAAUGAGAAGGAGGAGGAGGAGGUAAAACCGCUGACAAUCGUCAUCAAGAUUCAAUCCUUAAACAAGAGCGUCAAGUUGUCGUCAUCCAGACACGUAGACAUCCUGACGGUCUUGCUCAACUUUCAUCUUGCUAUCCUUUUAGUCACGCCACCCGCACAGGUGAAGGAACAGCUGCUCUCUAAGGCAUGUUUGGAGUGCCAAGUUGAUGAUAUGAAGAUUGUACACUACGGGAAAGUCUUGUCUGAUAAGGUUGUCGUGCGAGAGAUCUUGGAGAAAAGCUUGAUUCAGAACGAUCUUACUCUGUUCUGUGUGAUUUCACAGCCGCAGGCACAGACAGUGAGGGGCAUGCCGGAAGAGAUCAACGGGUUGAACUUGAACGAGCAACAACAGGCAAACGAUACGAAGAAGACGGUGAAUGUUGAAGGCGGUGAAGGAACAUCUCAGCGAGAGGGAAAGGAUGAGAUGCAAGUCGCGCGUCAUGUUGACCACCGGAACUCACAUGAAGCACCCGUCGAGGAGAAGUCAACAGAUGGAAUGGAUGUGUUUGCAGCAAGUCAAGGGAUGAACGAGCAUCAACAAGAACAAGCAGCAGAUGAAGAAGACGUGUUGCAAGAUGCACAAGACAUGUCGCAAGUGCAUCAAACUGCCAGUUUGCAUGAAAAAAGUUUGCUACACAGCAUGACGUUCAAGAUUCUUCAGACCGAUGUCAGCUUUGUUUGCAGCUUUCACGAAGACGAUAUCAUUGCACAUCUCAAGUCUCAUCUGCUCCAACAGCAACCUGACUUGUCCAGCACCGAUCUUUUCCACCUUGUCUUCAGCGGGAGAGUCCUCUCCGACGUCGAUCGAGUCUCUUCCGUCAUAGCGCAGAAAGCUUGUCCGAUCAUCUACAUCGUCAAGAGGAAAUCAAAACCUUCAUCCUCUGCUUCCCCUUUUCCUCCCCCUCGUUCUUCUUCUCCUGCAUCUCUACAUGAUCAGACAUCGUCUCUCUCAUAUCUUCCUCCUCCUGCAGACUCGUGUGAACAGGUCGAAAUUGUCGACGAUGAGACAGUCAACAACCUCGCGGACUCACGAGAGAAGGAGGCCGAGCAACGUUCAACCUGUGACAUGAAAACGAUUGAGGAAACUGGUGGCAAUGUUGAACAUGAAAAGAAAGAGCCUUCGGGGCAACAGCAGCAGAAGGCGGAGCUACAGGGGGCGUUGCAGGAGGAGAGGAUCACAGGGAUACAGUAUGGAGGGCGUGACCUUGACGCGGAUGAUACCUUGGAAGAGAUUUGCUCCCUCCUCCAGCCUGACUCAAGGAACAACAUCUUGAAUAGGGUUCGUCCUAUCCGUCUCAAGGUUCUGCUCCGUGAGGAAAUCACUCAGGAAGCAAGCAGGCGAGAAGAGAAGGAGGAGAAGGAGAAGGAGGAGAAGAAGAAGAGAAAGGAGCAGGAGCAGGAGCAGGAGCAGGAGCAGGAGCAGGAGCAGGAGCAGGUGGGAAGAGAGGACGAGGAGGAGAAGCUGGAGCGGGAGGUCGAGGGAAGCGAGAGAGCUGUCAAUCUUGUCAAAGUAAUCGACCUCUGGGGCGGACGGCCUGACAUGAUGCUCGAGAUCCCGCGGAAUUCUUCUGUCACCCUCCAGUACCAAGACUGUCCUCCUCCAAGCAGCCAGGUCAUCGUGGUGGAUGGAACAGAAGUGGAGGAGGACAGGAAAUUGAGGAGAAUUCUCAAGGAGAAGAAGGAAUACGUGACGGAGAUGUACAUCAUGAUCAACCAAACGCACUAG